GUGGACAUCUACAACCUAGGCGUUUUGCUGUAUACGAUGCUGAUGGGAUUGCCUCCAUUCUUCCACAGGGAGAAAGAGAUGCUCCGCCAGAACAUAGCGAAUCAACGCCUCGAGCUCCCGUCCUGCCUUUCGGAAGAUGCAUCGUCUCUCAUCAAAGCGACUAUGGAGCGUGAGCCAGAACGACGUCUGGGAGCCCGAGACACGGCUGACGUGAAGAGGCACGAGUUCUUCAAAAAGAUAGACUUCGAGGCAUUGGCGGCUCGAAAGGUCCCUGCCCCGGCACUGCCUGACCUUCCAAACCUCGCUCCAGAAGAUGCCAACUCCUGGGAAUCGCCCCCUCGGCGGCCAGGUCGCAGGUCCAGCCGCGGAUUCAAUGUGCACAUCGAGGGCUGGGACUUCAAAGACCCAGAGGUGGCUGUGGAGGUUCCAAUCGCUUCGUACCUGCAGCGUUCCCCAGCAAGGAAGCCGAAGAACGUUCGCUUUCGCGGGCUCAAUUGUGUCCGGUGGAUGUUUCGUUGA